AGCUAGCUCGCACUGCAGUGCAUACAAUCUGGGGAGUAGUUGACUCAAAGAGAGAGAAAGACAAUAGUUGAACAGUUUUGAACACAUUCAUUUCUUCCAAAAAUAAGGAGAAGCAAGAGACAGAGAGAUAGAGAUUUUUGUAAUAUAUUUUUUGUUCAGUUUUACUUACUUAGUUAUCAAACGUAGCUAGCUGGUUUAGCCUACUCAAACACCUGGUUCAAACAGAGAGGGAUGCUAUGUUAGCCAGCUGGAUAUGGCUGUCCUACAUUGGAACUCUUCCAAGUCAAGAGUUUUAAGUUGUCUUGAAAGAACCAUAAAUCCAGAGAAUGCCAGACUUUGAUGACAAAAUUUGCCCAUGAAGGACCGCUGCACCACCUUCCUGUUCAAGUGAGCACAGCACAACAAGGUCCUGCACAAAGAGGGGAUGCGGAGUGAAACAUUAACAUGGCCUUUUCUUAUUCAUUGCAUUUGGCUUGGAGUGAUGGGAAUUGAUGCCUCGUCGUGGACUGCUGAGGUGCCCAGCUCAGUAUCCGGCCUGCAGGGCUCAUGCAUCGUGAUUCCCUGCUCAUUCAACUACCCAGAACCAGAGGAGAAGCCCUCCAAAUUCACUGGCAUCUGGUUCAAAGACACCCAUGAUACUAUAUACCAUCCAGACAGCUCCAACAUCAUCAAAGACUACAGGGGUCGUACAGAGCUGGUGGGAGACCUCUGGCAGAAGAACUGCUCUCUCAGAAUCGACCCCCUCCAUCACAGUGACAAAGGACCCUUUACUUUCAGGAUUGAAAUGGAAGACCAUAACAAGUAUUCAUACAAAGAGGACACAGUCUCCAUUGCAGUGAGCAGCUCUUCAAAACCCCCCUCUCUGUCAGUGAUGGAGGAGGUGAAGGUGGGGGUGGAGCUGUCUGCCUCCUGCUCUGUGUCUCACUCCUGCCCAUCUGAUUCCCCUCUCCUCACCUGGAGCCACUCCGGAACACCCAGUGUCCAAUCACAGCAGCUGACCAACGGCCAGUGGAAAGUGUCAUCAUCCCUGACCUUUACUCCCAGCAUCACUGAUCACAACCAGUCUCUGGUCUGCACAGCAGCAUACAGGGGAGGGAAGACAGUGAAAAGGUCCAAAACUCUCAAUGUCAAAUAUGCCCCAGUGGAUGUGAAGGUUGAGGAAGUGUCCAGUGUCAAGGAAGGAGACUCUGUAGAGCUGAGAUGCUCCAGUGACAGUAACCCUGCUGCACACAGCUACAGAUGGCAGAACAGCAGAGGACCUCUGCCCACCACGGGACCUACCAUCACACUGGAGAAUGUGACCAGACUCACUGAAGCCCUCUACUGCACUGCCAUCAACACAGAGGGACAAGGCCACUCCAGCUCACUGAAGCUCAAUGUAGAGUACCCCCCUGAGAUCAAAGUGGGCUCUGCCUGCACUUCAGACAUAUCCAUGGUGACCUGUCUGUGCAUUGUGGAUUCGGAGCCCCCCGCCACCGUGGAGUGGUCUCUUCCAGAUGGACCCCUGCCCAACCGGCCCAGUACCCGAGUGGAGAGGCAUGGGUCAAUUACUAUGGUGACCCUACAGAGGGCACUAGGCUUCUCCGAGACCGUCCACUGCCAUGCCAGCAACACACAGGGCAAUGCCACCUUGUCCUUCACUGUGUCCACAAAUGAUAAGAAGUUGAUGCUGUACGUUUCAAUUGGUAUUGCUGCAUUAGUGGUGGUAGUAAUACUAAUUCCCAUGUCAGCUUGCCUAUUGAACAAGAAGGGUAGGAGGAGUCGUAGUGACCAGCCAGUAACCAGCAAGCAGAACGUGGAUACAGCCAAGGGCGCUUUUUCACAUCCCUCACCAUCAAGGAAAGAGCAGAAAGACGCCAGCAGUGAAAUCCACACAAACUACUACACCAACGAUCACCUAUAUGGCAACAUGGAGGCUGAAGAGGAUGGCGACCCAUACGAGUGUGUUGGUGGAGACGAUGCAGUCUAUGCUAAUAUGUGAACACAACAGGAAGCAUGUGGAAGUCAGCUGGCCCAGAGGCCAUGGUACUCACUCUGUCAAAGGUUCCAGUAAAAUAUUAACUCAAUGUAGCAGAACAGCUGACUGCUUAUAUUUGUUAGCUUUAUGUAGCUUCAUGGUUCUAAAGGCUAAAGAAAAUGGCACAAUCUUAUUUGGGUUGUGGGUUUGUUUAUGGCUUUUAAAAGUAUUUUUUUUAAUGAUUCAUGGCUUAGGUGAUUCAGGCUCUUUGGUAUCACAUACACUUAUGUCAGUCUCAUUAAGACUGCAAAACUGUGUACAAACUGAACUGUUAAUUACAGAACACCACCUAACACAUUAACUGGCAUGACAUUCCGUCUCAUGGGAGGCCAAAAAGCCUCAAAGUCUUCUAAUAGGCGGCCACCUCUACAAUGUAUUCAGUCAAAAUGCAUUUUUUUAUUGUACUUGACACAAACCUAAAGCAUAACAAAGGCACUAACAUGCAUUUAAAUGCGUUUAAAUUACUACAAAAAUGUCAAAAUUCAUGUCCCUCCAUGCACCCCCUGUGACUUCUAGAAAGAUUUUAACCCAGUAACCCCAAAAAUACUCAGUUUUCACCAUCACUGUAAAGCCCUAGUUAUUUUGUUGCUUUGAUGAAGUUAUUUUUGAAGAUUAUUAUUUAUUUUAUGUGAAAAGUGAUUCCUUUGUCUGUUACGUGAACUGAACUCUCGUUUUAAUAUGGUGGAACUAUUCCUUUUACAAUUAUAGUGUAAAAGCAGGUGAGCUGGUUAUACUCUUUUGGCCAUUUUCUGGUGUUUUGUGGUGAAAAACUGAGCGGCUCUAGCAUAAUACGGCAACCCUGUUACUCAUAGAUAGACAGGCUACAAAUGUUUAACCAUUUAAAAUGAUUUGUGAAUCUUGCAUUCAACUGACCCUCCCUGUUGCACAUAACAAGCUUCCAUUCUUCUUGUCACAAGGGGAUUCAUGGCUGAUUUAACUAGAAAUUACCAGUUGGAUGGCCGUUCAAGUGGAUUUUUCCUACCCAUCCACUGUAGAGCUGCACAAUACCACUCAUUUCAAGCACAGGCUACUGUGGCUAUUUGAUCAUAAUGUAGGCUUACCAAAGUGGCUUACCAUCAAAACAGUGGAGAAAAUGCAUCCCAUAACAUUUUAACAUGGAAAUAGCUGUUCUAUCAUUCAGCCUACAGUAGCAUCCAAUGGGUGUUGUUCAAUGUAGGCCUACAUUCCAUGAGACGUAAUAAAAUAAAAAAUAUAAACAUGCAGGGCUUGACAUUAACCUGUUUAUCCACUUGUCCUUCAGAGGAGGUGACUGAAAAUGUUUUUGUGUUGUUUGAUGCAAGAAACCACUUUACAAAAUAAAAUGCAUUAUUAUUCCCAUACCAUAA